AUGAAAGGUGCCAUAAAGGUUUUCUUCAUAUGCUGUCUACUCCAAGGUAGCUCAUGCCAGCCCUGGGCAGCCUUCAUGCCUCAGACAGUGGAGGGUCUGAGCGGCUCCUGUGUCCUCGUCUCCUGCAGUUUCAGCUUGCCCCCAGAAUGGGAUCAACACCUGGAUGACUCGUGCAGAGCCAUCUGGAAGAGAGGCAGCUGGAGGAGAACACAAGUGUUUGAUUCCAGCCUAAACGGAGCAAGUGCAAGCCUGAACGUCCUGCAGGGAAACCUGACGGGGAAUCUGCGCGAGAAGGACUGCACCACCAUCUUCAACAACCUUCCCUCCAACCACUACGACAACUAUUACUUCAGACUGCAGUGUGACAACUCGCUGAAGUUCAACUUUCAAACCAGCGUCCUUAUCACCACUCAGGAUUCAUUCCCCAGACCUGCUCUGAAUCCAUCCAGGCUGGAGGUAGAAGAAGGGACGCCUGUGAGGCUGAACUGCUCCGCUGUCACUCCCUGUCCCGUUCUUCCUCCAGUUUUGACAUGGACGCCAAAUAUAGGUGACGUCGAGGAGAGCAUCGACAGUAAAUCUGUGACCUCUCUUAUGAACUUCACUGCUUCUCACCUUCACAACGGACAGAAGAUCUCCUGCAACACCGUCUACAGCCGACAAGCUGGCAACAGCGACCUCCUGUAUGAAAAGAGUGUGACCCUGCGUGUUUAUUAUCCUCCGAACAACACGUCGAUCAGUUACCCUUCUCCUGCACAGGAGGGCCGCUCCCUGACUCUGACUUGCAACGCUAACGCAAACCCAGCCGUGGACAGCUACACCUGGUACAAAAAGGAUGGAGAUCAGGUGUUAGCAGUGGGCUCCCAGAAGAGGCUUUUAACCACAGUCUCAGAAGCAGACAACGCCUUUUUCUGCAAAGUCAGUAACCGAUAUGGAACCCAGAACUCAUCCGUCACUCAGAUUGAUGUACAGUUUUCUCCCAAGGACACGACGGUGAUAGCCGAACCCUCCGGUCCAAUACUGGAGGGCAGCUCUGUUUCUCUGUUCUGUCGGAGCCGUGCCAACCCCUCGGUGACCAACUACACCUGGUACAGGGACGACGUCGAGGAAGAGGAGGCCGGAGCGAGCCUGGUUCUGAGCAGCGUCGACCUGAGCCAUAGUGGUGAUUAUCACUGUGAAGCAAAAAAUGCCCUCGGAGAAGACGCAUCAGCAGCUGUCCAUCUGGACAUUCAGUAUCCGCCGAAGAACACGUCCGUGCUGGUUGAGCCUUCUGCUCCGGUGCCGGACGGCCGCUCUGUGACCCUGACGUGCACGAGCGUCGCCAAUCCAGCAGCGAUGAACUUCACCUGGUUCAGAGUGAGAGCGAGACAAAACGAGGUGGUGGGUUCUGAGACAGACUUCACCUUCAAUGUGACCAAGCUCUCAGAGGAUUACUUUUACUGUGAAGCCCUGAAUGUCCACGGAGCUCGAUACUCAGAACCUGCCCACAUUGAAGUCGCCUUUGCUCCAGAGAUCCUGCCUUCCUCCCGCUGCAUCAAGAUUUUAUCCCAAUUCCGCUGCUCCUGUGAGAGCCAGGGGAACCCGCUUCCCUCCCUGGUUUGGGAAUUGGCCGGGGAGCCUGUCAAUCACUCCGCUGACAUUCCGAUCAGGGAGGUUACCCUGGGGGGUUUUGGCAAGAGGAGCGUCAUCACUCUGUACCAUCUGGACAAAGACGUGCCCUCUCUACUCUGCCUCACCAUCAACUCUCUGGGCUCUGAUAGUUUGGCCUUCAACGUGUCUGCCAGUGAAACUCAGCUUGACUUUCCAGGCUUCCAUACUGUGUCUCUGCUGAUUGGCUCUGCAGCGGGAGCACUGGGGAUGCUGCUGAUGUGUGUGCCGCUGUUGCUCUGUUGCAGUAAUGCCAUUCUUGAGGAGGAAGAUGGAGCCUAUGUGGACUUUGAUAAACUCCAGGUCAGUACAGAGGGAAAGCUCGAGGAGAUCACAGGCCUGGACUCCAAGACGACAAAUUCUGAAAUCUGCUUGCUAUCAGAAGAAUGCAAUGGUGGAAAUGCAAAGAAGGAGGAAACAGGUGCAAACACUGAGGAAGAUGUUGAUGGUCUUACGGGACAGAACAGUGACAAAGUAAUGGCUUAA